AUGAGAAAAACAGUUUCACUUGUUAUCUCUUUAUUACUUCUUCGAUUAGUACAACUUUCUUCGAAUUCUCAAGUGUUUUACAAUCAGCCAAAAUUUUGUAAUCGUUCAAAUUGGGCCACGGGAGGAAACCGUAUAUGGUAUAACAGCUUCGAUCUGGGAUGGACACCAAACGAUAUAUUCGUUGGUAUUGAUGAUAGAAUCUAUACAUGCUGCUAUUACAACAAGUUAGUGACCAUAAGCUGCGAACUGUGGUAUGACCGGUUCAUAUGCUUACCGAGAUGGCUGAAUCCAGCGUCGUCCGAUAAAAUAAACAGUCUUUUUGUCACCUUGCAAGGUAUUUAUUUAAGUGAAGACAAGAAGAAAACUAUUGAAUUUUUUCCAUUCGCAAAUCUGCAUAACAAAACGACAAUUGGACAGAAUCAUGAUGAACCUUGUUAUAGACUUUUUGUGGACAUCAACAACACAAUUUACUGUUCCAUUAGAAAAAAGCAUAUUGUGGUGAAAAGACAACUUGCAUCAUCAGAUCAAUCGUGGACAAUCGCUGCAGGCAAGAAUGAUUCGAAACAUUCAUCUAGUCCCGACGGAUUGAACGAACCUCAUGGAAUUUUCGUUGACAAUAGUCUUGGCCUAUACGUGGCAGAUUGCAAGAACAAUCGGAUCCAGCUUUUUAAACAUGGAUCACGUAUGGGGGUGACAGUAUCCAAUACAACGAAAAUCAAAUGUCCAUCGGAUAUUAUUCUAGAUUACGACAGCAAUUUAUAUAUCGUUGACAAAGGAAAUAGUCGAAUUAUCUUGGUUAAGUCAGAUUAUAGUCAAUAUCGAUGUCUGAUCGGCUGUGAGAAUAACAAGCGCUAUCGGCGAAAGUCAUUGCAGUAUCCAAGCAGUAUGAGUUUCGAUCGAUAUGGAAAUAUAUAUGUCAUUGAUGCAAGUAGAAAUCAAAUUUUGAAGUACAACUUGGAAACAUCAAAAUGUGGUGAGUAA